GAGAAGAUAAGGGCUCAGCGAUCGCACGAGAGGGUGCUGUUUUUUCAUCCGCGCAGCCGGUCGUUGCCACCUCGCAGGUGGUACAAAAAAGCGCAGCACGACCAGGAGCUUCUGCCUCUCCCCGAGGAUACGACCCUCCACCUGCACGGUCUAUGCCUGAGUUGGUGUCCUCCGCGCCCGUGCUCGGUGAUGACGAUUUUGGCGCUGCGCUGUUGGAUGUCUUUCAAGCCGGUGGAGACGAUUUGUAUGCGGGAUCGGACGAUGAGGAGGUUGAUGCGGAGGGUGCGGCUCCGGCUGCGGACCACGAAGUCGUUUCUGUGGUAUCUCAACAAGAUGCUGCAUCAAUAACUCCAAGCACCGCGGAGAAACGGAUGGAGGCAGCCGCGGAUCAUCGGGCAGCGCAGAGUAGUCGUGGUUCGAAACAAGAGUCACCUGCUACUCCCGGUGUUGCGGGGGCGCCGGUGUCCUCGGCUCCGGAAGCAAGAGGAGCUGCCUCGUCGGAAUCGAGCGGAGGUGGCGGGCCCGCGAGUCGGACAGAGGAAAAGCUUUCCGGCGUUGCCAGCACUUCUGUUACAAAAGAAGCGGCAACAGCAAGAAGCAAAGAUACCAUCGUGAAGGUGAAAGGUACAACACUUACAGCUGCACCUUCUGGAGCAUCUCCCUCCGCCGGAGCUGCAGCUCAACCGAAGGGAUCAAAAUCCUCAUCCACUGCUAGCACUGUACAAGUGGCGCAGAAGGAGCGAACCACCAUUAGUACUACACAGCGCCAGCAGCUGCGGGAAAAUCACGGAAAGAACAAAGCCACCCCGAACGCGCAGCCAAACACAAACGCAAUCAUUUUUCUGCCCACAGCCGAUAUCAAGCUGAUCGAGGAACAGGGCAAGGAACUUGCGAAAACCGACAAGGAAUUAACGCCGGCCUACGCCUGGUUGGUCGACGAAGUACUAAAGAAAACGACGACGCUGAGUCCGGACGCGGCUUCGUUGGUGAACGACUACGACAAAUUGAUUGCCUCCAACGACAAGCUGGAAAUUGCGACGGGGAACUUGCUGGUGCAAAAAGUGCUGCAGCACGAGGAAAUUGUGAAGCGGAAGGACCAGCUGAUCAACCUGGCGGCACUUUACCAACCGCUGGUCGAUGACUAUCCGAACGGUUUCUGGCAGGGAGCGGGUGCCACUGCGGGUGCGGCCGCUGUGUCUACUUCCGGCGGUGAAGGAGAUUCGCUCGUCAAUUCUCCAGAGUUGAGGAAGGUCGUGCAAAAUUUCGCGGAAGAGCUGCUGAAAGACUUGAGAAAAAUAAACGCUGGGACAAGUGAAGAUCUUGGUAAGAAUUCGGCAGCAGGACGAGCCUCCUCUUCAUCCUCUGCACUGCAAGAAGGAUUGCAUCACAAAAAGCACCAUGAACUACUACAUCAGAAGAGGAAGCUCCAUAAGCAGAAGCGGCGCCUGUCGCUGGCAAAGGUGAUGCGCAGAGAUUUGAAAACAGAGCUCGCCACCCCGACGAUCGGGCAGCAGCGGUCCAGGCUGAAGGAGGUGUUUGCCUCGAAUAUCGCGAAUCCCGUCUCGACGUCCGAGUUCAUCAAGAAAUUUCAGACUUCCGAAAAGCUCCGGGCCGUCUUCGAACAGGAAUUCGAGUCCGAUAAAGAGAACGCGCAGGACCUCGAAGAUUCCUCGCCCGGCAGCGGGAAAAAGUUGCUGGACCCCCUGCGGCAGAACAAAUCCAACAUGCUGAUUUUGUCCCUAAUGCUGGACUUGAUCGACGGCCUGGAUACGACAGCCCCAGGAGGUCUGAUCGACGAGAAGAGCAAGCAAAUUCUGAAAUUCGCGGUGAUGCGGGUCUUGUACGGGCUGUGGGCGACGGUGUUGUUCGCCAUUUUUGACAAGUCCACGGCGAUGCCGCUGCGGACGAAGCGGGUCUUCUGGAUUGCAUAUCUGUGCCGCUUCAAGAACAUGCCGGACUCCAGCGACGCCUGGCGGUUUCUGCGCUGGGUCACGCGCAUCCCGUACCUAGGUGUGGAGGAGCGGAGUGAGGGAAAGGAUAUGAAGGACAUGUUGGCCGGGCUGGCAAUCGGGUCGGGAACUGGUGCUAGUUCGGCGAGCUCGUCUGCUUUGCAAGAAGCGGUACUAGCUCACGGGACCGAAGAGGCGAGAACGGCAGAUUCAUCUUCAGGGUGGGGACACGAUCACAUCAGCAACCCGCACACGAGAGACGACCACAUCAGCAACCAACACAAGCAACAGAGGCACGAAAUAAAUCAAGUGCACCAGCACCACCACGAUCCGAAGCACGACUCGUAUGAGGAGCUUGCGGAAUCGUUUCUUUUGAAGCGGCAGCACAAGGAAAGCGAAUAUGUCGGAGGUAAUUAUGAUCCGGAGCUCGCAAGUAGAACUCCAUCUCCAACACAAAUUUCCUCCUCUUUCGUCGAACAACACCAUCAUAAAACCACGAACAAGCGGCUUGCUUCCUUCGCAGAUGACGGUCCAAAGCGCACCGAUCCGGUGCAGCGCUGCGGUGCGAACUGCCACUCGACCGACGUAAGCGAAACGCCGGAGGACAUCAGGGAGCACAGCGCCCACGCGUUGUUGCUACAGCUGAAGCCCGUCACGAACUGCGAGUUGGACGAAGGGCAGACUGAUGAUGGGUCAUCUAACGAGAAUGUUUUUUACGCGGGCGACGGGGACGACUUCACCAACAGGGUGUUUUACUACACGGAGCUGUUGAAGAAAAUUGCAGCAGGAAAUGGCAAAAGUAAAAAGCAGCAGCUCCCCCUCUUCCCGAAGAGCAGAACUACUGCAUCUUCAGGGGGGAUAAAUAGCCCAAUAAAUAACUUCGAUAAACAAGGAUUCGACGCAAAUGCCCUCGCGUCGCAGUUGUCCACCGCCUUCACGUUGUUGCCGGAAGAAACGCGAACGCAGCUGCACGCGAAGCUGGAACAGAACGCGUUCUCGUCGGAGAACGCCCCGAAUGGGCAGCGCGAGGUGGACAAAAUUUUUCCGUACGCGAUCGAGCUCUGUUUGCACGAUGAUAGCGAGAUGGCCAGUUUGAAGGAAGUUUUGGAGACAAAGCGCGCGGAACUGCUCUCCGGGGAGCAAUUGGAUAAAAAUAACGCCAGUGCCUCUAGUACAACGCGGACUUUCCGGCCGGGUGACGCCGUGCUGAUGUGCGGAAUUCCGACGGAGAAGGCGAGCUACGCGUCCGAGGAGAACCAGAGGGCGGGGAGCAAACUGAAUAACAACCAAGCACAGCUCCGGAUAUCAAAUGUAAAAAUGUCUGGGUCUGGAAGAACGCAACUUGUCAUGCUAAAUCUGAAGCAUGCAAAAAUCUGUGUUGCAUGAUUACCAAAAGUCGUCCAGUUUUGACCAAGUCGGGAGGCAGUUUCUGAUGCAGGAUAGGCAUGAGAAAGAUCGCACAGAAUCUGUCAUGUUAGGUCCUGCAUUCCAGACCUCAUGGGUCAUGGAAAAGCUGCAUGACAAGUCGCGCAUUCUUCCAGACCCAGACAUUUUUACAUUUGAUACCGGAGGUGGAACGACAAAGAAGGGGAAGAUGGGAUGUGGGAGGUAGCCGUGGCUGCGGGGAGCGACGCCGGAGGGAAAACAGGCGACAGUGGAGACGAAACGGGGUUACUCCCUUUGUCCUCCUCUUCUUUCGCCGAAGAAUCUUCACUCUUGGAUGCAAGUACAAGAACGUCGAAGAAGAACAAGCUGGACCAUUAUCUGGUUCUCCCCGAUUUUUUAUACUCCGUCACUCCGGAAUUGGAGCACGACUUCGCGGACCCCUGCGCGGUCGUGGACCCUGCCAGGGGGUUUUCGGAGUUGCAGAUCCAACAGCAAGAAAAUCUACAAGGUUCUGCUGGAGAGAAGCCGGACGAGGAUAAAAAGGCCGAUGAAAAGGAAGAUCAAAAGAACAGACAAAGCGGUUCGUCGGCUGAUAGCGUGCAAAACCCUUCCCCGGUAAAGUACUCCCCGACAGAUUCAGACGCGGAGAAGCUGGAGAAGGCGGAGCAGGAGAUCACUCACUUGAAGAACGCUCACGCGCGGGAGCUGAAAAGGAUUUACGACGACCAGAAAGACCAGGCCGGCGCUGGAGGUGCAUCAUCUUCUGCGUUCGGUGGUACUUAUAGCGGAGGUGGCUCGAAGAACCCGGCGGUGAAAUUUGAUCCCACUACCGGCGACGUGAACGAGGGCAAUUGCCAGCCGCCGACGAAGGAUUACGAGUCGUACGCGCAAGACGUGGAGACGACGCUGGAAACCGGGGCAAAAAAGGCGAUCGAGGCGCUGGAGACGAUGGAUAUCAAAUGUAAAAAUGUCUGGGUCUGGAUUAAGAAUGCAACUUGUCAUGCUAAAUCUGAAGCAUGCAAAAAUCUGUGUUGCAUGAUUACCAAAAGUCGUCUAGUUUUGACCAAGUCGGGAGGGAGUUUCUCAUGCAGGAUAGGCAUGAGAGAGAUCGCACAGAAUCUGUCAUGCUAGGUCCUGCAUUCCAGGCCUCAUGGGUCAUGGAAAAGCUGCAUGACAAAUCGCGCACUCUUCCAGACCCAGACACUUUUGCAUUUGAAGAUAAUGGAGGAUUUGAUGCGAAAGUUUCAACACUUCGCGGACCAGCUGGCGGAGGAGGAGAAGAAGGCGCGGCUGGACAUGCUGAAUCCAAAGGGGGAAAAGCAAUCCACCAAGUCGGCGGCCGCGUUCGCGAAGAAACAGAUCGCGAGCAUGCGGCAGAUAUCAAAUGUAAAAAUGUCUGGGUCUGGAAGAUUGCCAGGUUUGUCAUGCACAUUUUGCAUGACUCCUGCUGUCUGUGAUGCUUGCCCUAGCAUCACAGACUUCGUGAGGGCUUCCUGAGGCCUAUACCGCACGACAAAUGCUCUGUCCGUCUAGCAAAACUUGGACUCUCUUUGCUGCUCAUGCAAUACAGAUUUUUUUAGAAUCCAAAAUCAGCAUGACAAUGUGGAUUCUUCCAGACCCAGACAUUUUUACAGUUGAUAGCAGAGCCUCAUUUUCGAACCCGAACUAGCGGUCACGCCGGACGAGCAAAGUAGCGCGAUGCUCGAAGUCCUUUCGAACACCGACGAGCUGCAGCAGCCGGCGCUGCUGGACGGAUACGAAAACGAUUUGCUUUAUUUGUGAAGAAGAGAUAACUUGAUAGCUAAAGCUAAUAGGCCACAGCGCAUGAAAUGCGAAUUGCUACACGUAUGAAAUAUUUCAGUGGCGCAGGAACAUUAACU